UGCACUUGACCCUGCACUUUACACUUUCUUUUUCCAUAAGCAUUAGACAAGCUAAUUAUUAUGCGCCAUGGAGCGCGCUACCCGCCUCCUCCUCUCCUUACUCCUCCUCCUUCUCCUUCUCCAUCUGCCACCCUAAACGCCGCCGUUACAGUCGGCGGCCACGAGCACCCAAUUCUGGUUUACGUUUUCUUAUCCCUUUUUCUGCCAUGCGCUGGCAUGAGUGCAGUUUUCAUUGUUUAUAUUUGCCUUUUAUGGUAUGCCUCGAACUAUCGGACUGACAAUCAGUCAGGGUCGCCCUUGGCGAUUAAGCAGGUAGGUGAGAAAGGGUUAUCUGUUUCAGAGCUGGAUAAGCUGCCGAAGGUUACAGGGGAAGAGCUCGUGUUGGGGACUGACUGUGCAGUUUGUCUCGACCAGUUAGAGGCUGAGCAACCAGUUAGAAUGGUUCCUGGUUGUAAUCACGGGUUUCAUUUGGAAUGCGCUGAUACAUGGCUUUCCAAGCAUCCGGUUUGUCCUGUUUGUAGGGCCAAGCUUGAUCCUAAGUUGUUCGAUCCUUCUCAUGAUAAUCCCUGAUAAGCCUUAAUCCUCUUUAAGAGUGUAACAAAA